CAUUAGGGCAUGCUAAAACUCUACGAGAGUCGCGACAACCAGAACAGUGCAGGCCCGACAAAUCCAAGACGACAACACUCAACGAACCGAUACCCAACGACCAAACCGAAUCGGUUCUUCGUCCAAGAUGUCGGCAACUCAAGAGAGUCAGAAGAAGACCUUCGGAAAGUCGACGAGAGAGAUUCCUCACCACAGCCAGAAGGCCAGCAAAUGGUACCCGGCCGAGGAUGAGGCCCAGCACAAGAAGGUCCGCAAGACCAUCCGUGCUUCCACCCCUCGCUCUUCGCUCGUCCCCGGUACCGUCCUCAUUCUCCUCGCUGGCCGCUUCCGUGGCAAGCGUGUCAUCCUCCUGAACACCCUCGACCAGGGUGUUCUCCUCGUCACCGGCCCAUUCAAGGUCAACGGUGUCCCAGUCCGCCGCGUCAACGCCCGCUACGUUAUCGCCACAUCCCACAAGGUUGAUAUCUCUGGUGUCGACUCCAAGAAGAUCGAGGAGAUCUCCGACGAGAAGUACUUCGCCCGUGAGGCGUCCGACAAGAAGACCGGCGAGGCCGAGUUCUUCAAGCAGGGCGAGAAGCCAGAGAAGAAGAAGCCUUCUUCCAACCGCGCGGCUGACCAAAAGUCCGUCGACAAGUCUAUCCUUUCCGCCAUCAAGAAGGAGCCCUUCCUCGUCAGCUACCUCGCAUCCUCUUUCUCCCUCCGCAAGGGUGACAGACCACAUGAGAUGGCUUGGUAAAUUGGGGAAGAAUGUUCUAGGCGUAGCAGUGGUGUGAGGGAAUCGCUCUAUUAGGUGCUCGCAGUUGGGCCUUGAUGUGGCAUCGGUCAACAAUUGCUGGGCGCUUUGUAUUCAGACAACUUCAACGCAUCAAAGACAUUACAAAGCAUUCCAAAACUAUGUUGCCUCGAAGAGUGAUGAGUGUGAUCAUGGAUAGUGAAUUUAUGGGUUUGAAAGGAGUGAUGAGAUCAGGUAUUGACAUGAGGUUAGAGCAGAAUUGAGACACGGGAUCACAUAGAUUUCCA